AGAAAAUCUGACAGUUUAACUAAAAUCGAAUUGAAUUUAUAAAAAUUUUAUAGUCUUUUUUAUUAUAAUAAUUUUAUUUAUUGUCAAAUGCUUUGUUAGUGAAUAUGUGUCUCGCACAUGUACAACGAGUGCGUAUUUUAUAUAAAACAAUCUUAAGGCUCCAUAGAGGGUUACCAAAGGAGUUGCAUUCGUUGGGCAAUCAGUACGUGAAAGAUGAAUUCCGACGGCAUAAAACAUGCUCAAAUCAAGAAGCUUCAUUGUUUAUGCAUGAAUGGACGGAUUAUGCAAUUACGUUAGCAAACCAGUUAGGAGUAAAGGGUAAACCGAAGUCCUUAGACAACAUUGGUGGUAACCUAGACUUACCUAAAUUAGACGAUUUUAGAGACGAGCAAAUCGCACAACUUUACGAGUUAUUACUAGCGACCAAGGGAAGUGACGAAAAAUGUUCUAACUAGGAUCCAAAAUAAUUUUUUUUUUCUUAUAAAUGAAGGAUUCAACACAGGAACGGUCCAAUUAA